AUGUCUUUUUAUCAGAAAAAGAAAUUCUUAUCAUUGGUGAAACAUUAUUAUUGGGAUGAUCCAUAUUUGUGGAAGCACGGUCCUGACCAAGUUAUACGAAGAUGUGUACCUGAGACAGAGAUGCCUAACAUAUUAUUGCAUUGUCACACUUUGGCAUGUGGAGGCCACUAUGGUCCGUCCAAGACUACGGCCAAGGUUCUGCAAUCUGGGUUUUUCUGGCCUACUUUGUUUAAAGAUGCUCAAGACUUUGUUGCAAGGUGUGAUCCUUGCCAACGUACGGGAAAUAUCUCUAAUCGAAACCAAAUGCCCUUGAAUAAUAUUUUCGAGGUGGAAUUGUUUGAUGUUUGGGGUAUUGACUUCAUGGGUCCGUUUCCGGCAUCAUAUGGGAAUUUGUAUAUUUUGGUUGCAGUGGAUUAUGUAUCAAAAUGGGUCGAAGCAGCUGCCCUACCCACGAAUGAUGCCAAGGUUGUGGUCAGAUUUCUACGAAAGAAUAUUUUCAUAAGAUUUGGGGUCCCUCGUGCAAUCAUUAGUGAUGGAGGUACGCAUUUUUGCAAUCGUCAAUUUAAUUCUCUUCUUGCAAAAUAUGGCAUUACCCAUAAAGUGUCUACUCCCUACCAUCCACAAACUAGUGGGCAAGGUGAAGUUUCGAAUAGGGAAUUGAAGAAAAUCUUGGAAAAGACGGUGAAUGCAUCUAGGAAAGAUUGGUCAUUGAAAUUGGAUGAUGCACUAUGGGCUUAUAGAAUGGUGUUCAAAGCGCCAAUUAGGAUGUCACCAUAUAGACUUGUUUUUGGGAAAGCGUGCCAACUUCCGGUGGAAUUGGAGCAUAAAGCGUUUUGGGCUAUUAAAAUGCUCAUUUUGACAAGAGUUCGGCAAGUGAGAAGAGGAAGUUACAAUUGA